AUGUCCUCCGAAGACCACUCCCCCUUGCACCAUUCGGAUAGGCCAAUUCCUAUUCCAAAUAGAAGACCAAGACCUUCAAGAUCAACACUGUUUUCUACACCCAGAAGUCCACUAAAUCCAGCCACCAUUGGUGCAUUUGUGGGCUCAUAUCAACGUGCACAGUCGUUCCGGUCGCUCGAACCCCGCUUCCGGGCUUCAAGAUCAUACUUUAAGGACGAUGAAGAGCUCAUCGACCCACACACCCUUGCACCAUCACAAAUGGGUAAGAAGAUCAGCACAUUGUUUGGCAGCGGCGGCAACAGGGGCUCUCCAUCCGAGAGUUUCAACAACUCGACGUUUGACGAGGCGGCGGUCGACGACGCGUCGUUUUUGGACCAGUCUUACGCCGAUUAUAGCAGUAUUUCAAGGCAGCCAAGCUUAUCCACCCUUGGCUUGCGGAAUAAUGCACAGAUAAGUGCACCCGGUCCAGCUGGGUUGGCCAGGGUGCUUACAACAGACACACAGUCGCUUUUUUUGCGGCAGGUUGAGUCCAGAACGGGCCGAAAAGUCACCAUGAUGGCACCACAGUCUACCGUGUCGCAGACAGUGUUUAAUUCCAUCAAUGUUCUUAUUGGUGUUGGGCUUUUGGCACUUUCCAAGGCCAUGACCCAUUCAGGCUGGAUUGUUGGCUGCAUAUUACUUGUUUAUUCGGCUUGCAUUACAUAUUGGACGGCCGGAUUACUUAGUAAGUGCAUGGAUACAGAUCCCACACUUUGUACGUAUGCUGAUCUUGGAUAUAAGGCGUACGGCCCCAAGGCAAGACUCUUCAUUUCUCUUUUGUUCUCUGUCGAGUUGCUAGGUGUCGGCGUUUCGUUAAUCGUCUUAUUUGCCGACUCCUUAAACGCUCUUUUCCCACAAAUCUCGCUUAUCACCUUCAAAUUGAUCGGCUUUUGCGUUUUAACCCCGCUCUCAUUCUUCUCCCUCAGAGUGCUUUCCAACAUCAGUCUCUUAGGAAUCAUCUCUACCAUCUCUUUGGUCGUUCUUAUUGCAACAAUUGGUCUCUGCAAAACUUCAUCUCCGGGUUCUUUGGUCGAUCCCGCUCCUACAAACUUGUUUCCUCCUUCUCUUUUAGACCUGUGUGUAUCAUACGGAAUUAUUCUUGGCCCAUUUGGCUCACACUCACUUUUUCCUGCACUCAAGGCUGAUCUUGCAACACCUAGGAAGUUUGGAAAGUGCCUCAAGAUUACAUACUCGGUUGGAUUUAUUGCUGACACAUCAAUGGCCUUGGUUGGCUUCCUUAUGUUUGGAUCUAAGAUCAUGAACGAAAUCACCAAAUCCGUUCUUCUUACGAAGGGAUAUCCUAAGAUCGUUUAUGUGAUGACAAGUUGCUUUGUUUCAAUGAUUCCAAUUGCCAAGACACCGAUCAACGCAAUGCCAAUCAUUAACAUUAUUGAAUACAUGUUCAUGCUCACUCCUCAACAACUAGAAGGUUCAUCGGUCAAAUUUUCACAGCAGGUGGUCAAAGUUCUUAUCAAGCUUUUCGUGAAUGCCAUGUUUGUCACUUGUGCCAUUCUUUACCCGGAGUUCGACAAAAUCAUUGGACUUAGUGGUGCCUCACUUUGUACAUUGAUCUGCAUUUUCCUUCCUUGUGGUUUUUACAUCAGGAUUUGCAAGCCGAAGAAUGUCUGGUUUUACCACCUAGUGAUGGUCAUAUCAUUGAUCUUCGGUUCGAUCUCUACUUAUGCCGCCAUUGUUUCGUGA